AGCUAUACCAAAGAUACAUAAUUUACAUCCCAAAACACUGCAAGAUCGCAUCAGCUUUCUUCGAGAGGUGCCAGUGCUUGAUGCCCUGUCCUCACAUCCUCGUGCGUUGCAUCUGCUCUUCAGGUACAAGGUGGUAACAUCUCGCCUGGAGUUCUUGCACAAGGUGAAGAAAACUGAUGCUGUACCAAGCCUUAGUACAUUGUUAGGGAGCGAGAGUAAUUUUCAUAGGUAUAUUACAGUAGGAAACCAGAAGCAUAACAGGAAUGAUGUUAUCACAUGCCUGGCAACAGACAUGAAUGAAAGUAUAAGCACAAUUAAAGAUGCACUCCAUUUCCAGGCUUGGGAACAACACCCAACAGUUAUAAGUGUCAGACAGAACCUUAUGACACUAAUGAAAAAAGGCUUUACUAAAAGUCAAGUGCUUUCAGCUUUGGAUGUGGUGUUGUAUCCGACAGAGUUGGUACAAGACCAACUCUCACAGCUGCCACAUAGACUGCAGGCUCUACCAUUCUCAAUGCUCAUAAGUGAUCCACAUGUUUUACAAAUUCUCCUUUAUUUCAUGGAGAAAAGUAUGGCAUGUAUAAAGACAUAACUACUAAACAUCUGCACCUUCUAGCCUUUUAUUCAACUUAUGUACAAUAUUCGAUAUGUUUUAGUUACACAAAAAACUUUUUACAGGCAAAGAUAAUACACCUACCAUCCGACUUACAACCUGCUCGACAUACGACCAUUCGACUUACGACCGUGUUUUGUAUGCCAAAUUUCUGGGAAAUAAACAAGUGUUUGUGUUGUACACAGUGUUUAUCCUAAACCUUACAAUAUAAAACACAGUACUAACAGCAUAAAAAGUAAAGUAAGAAAUUAAAUACCAAAAUAAAACAAUAAAAUAAAGUCAUUACAAAAGUGUGAUGUUGAUAUUCAGUAGUAAGGUUCGACUUAUGUCCAUUUCGACUUACGACCUGUUGGUCGGAACCGAACUCGGUCGUAAGUCGGAUGAUACCUGUACUUAUAUUUUUAAAUGCUGUAUAUAUGGCUACAUAAUAAGAGAGAAUAUCAAAAUAAAUAUACAGGUGCAAUGAAUUAAGAUAAAUGUC